AAAGGAGCCUGAGGACUCACUAAAAGCGGUGUAGCAGCAACGCACGGCGCUCAAGAGUUCUCAAAGAGUUCGUGAGGCACGGGAAAACAAAAAGCUUGAGGGACAGCAUGGGGGAACAGACAGGCGAUCACAACCCAAUCCAAGCUGCGGCUCAGCAGACCGCGCCUCCUGGCGCAGCCGCUGCCGGUCCUGCUGCUGCUGCUCCGGUAGAAGAGCUCAAUGAGGAUGGUACUCCCUUGACUGAGAAGCAAAAGAAAAAGCGGGCAGAGAAAGCAGAGAAACAGCGUAUCAAGGAAGAGAAGGCCGCAAAGAUUGCUGCAGAAAAAGCAGCCAAGGAGAAUGAAGUGGACUUUGCCGCUCAAAAUUACGGUCAAUUGCCUCUGAAUCAAUCUCAAGAACGGCAUGGAAUUGAGUUCACCCCUCUUGGAGCCAUCUCAGCGGAGCGUGAUGGCGAACGAGUGUUUGUGCAGGCUCGCCUGCAGCUUUGCCGCUCUACUUCUGCCAAACUUGCAUUUUUGGUCCUCCGGAACCGCUUCGACUGUGUGCAGGCAGUCUUGGCGGAGACUCCUGAUCAGGUCUCCAGGAAGAUGGUCAAGUGGACUGCGUCGCUACCUGUGGAAACACUCCUCAACCUAGAGGCCAGCAUUUCGAAAACAGCAAAGCCAAUCGAGUCAUCCGUCAUCUCUGUUAAGGACGCAGAAUUGAAGAUUCACAAGAUCCAUUCCCUUGGCGCAGUUGUGCCCACUGCAGACCAGAAGUUCUCUGUACAGGACGCGACUCGUUCAGAAGCAGAAAUCGAGGCCUCUCAGAGUACAGAGCAACCGAUGCCUUCCAUCGGUCUCGACACCAGGCUCGACAACAGGGUGCUUGAUCUGCGCACUACGACAAACCAGGCUAUCUUCCGCCUGACACACGGUGUCUGCCGGCUCUUCAGGGAAUUUUUGGACACGAAAGACUUUAUCGAGAUUCAUUCUCCCAAACUGCAAGGUGCUGCUACGGAAAGCGGGGCUAGCGUCUUUAAGGUUUCCUACUUCAAGGGCCAGGCCUUCCUUGCUCAAAGCCCUCAGCUGGCAAAACAGAUGGCCAUUGCGGCCGACUUUGGUCGUGUCUACGAGAUCGGUCCCGUCUUCAGAGCAGAGGACUCGAACACCCCCAGGCACAUGACCGAGUUCACCGGCUUGGACCUUGAGAUGGCCUUCAGCGAGCAUUAUCAUGAAGUCCUUGAUCUCAUGGCAGAGCUUUUCACCUUCAUCUUCCGCGAGCUACCAAAGCGCUAUCGGAAGGAGAUCGACACUGUGAAGCGCCAGUAUCCUACUCCCGAGUUCUUGGUGCCGGCACAGCCCGUUCGCCUGAACUGGAAAGAGGGUAUCAAGAUGCUUAGAGAAGCUGGCAGCCAGAUUGGAGAGCUUGAGGACAUGGACACCGAGACCGAGCGCCUGCUGGGAAAGCUUGUUCGCGAAAAGUACAAUACCGACUUUUUCAUGCUGGACAAGUUCCCUCUCGACAUACGGCCUUUCUACACCAUGCCCGACCCUACCGACUCGAACUAUUCAAACUCUUAUGACUUUUUUAUGAGAGGCCAAGAGAUCCUGUCGGGUGCACAACGCGUCCACGACCCUGAUCUUCUCGCCAAGAGAAUGGAGAAAGCCGGCAUCCCUGUCUCUGCGAUGCAAGGCUAUUUCGACGCAUUCAGAUUAGGAGCACCGCCACAUGCAGGAGGUGGCAUUGGCCUUGAGCGAGUUGUGAUGCUCUACCUUGGCUUACGCAACAUAAGGCUGACGUCACUGUUCCCGAGAGACCCGAAACGCUUGGAGCCCUAGGUCAGAGCGCAACAGUCAAAAAGAAAUAUGCCUCGUCAUAUGAAUGUCUCAUGAUAUAUUGUUACUGGGCCUUUGCCUGUCGCACCAGCCAUGCAGUAAUGUCUUCAAGCACUGCCGCCGUCUUUGCCUUGUCUUCGUCAGUCAUACCACCGCCACUUUG